AAUGAAACGACGCGUUGAAUUUAUAGUCUGAUAAGGUCAGGUCAAGAGUUGAAAUCAUUAAUCGAUAAGGAACCUCGUUUAAACGAAAGAUCAGGGCAGACAGUUUACAUAUAAUUAUUACGAUCAUCGAUGUGAUUCGAAUUUGAAAAUAAAAUCGAAGUGCCGUUUCACGUACCGUUUACCGCCCCCGAAUGAUGUUGGCACAACUUUUUAGAGGCUUGAACAUGGAGUGGAAUGGCGGUGGAGAGAUGGAAGAGCGAAUGUCUAUUCGUGAUUCCAGCAAAGCACUCAAGAAAUACGGGAGCACGGCUAAGCACAUGACGCGCAACGAAAACCUUGUAAAACACGUCGUUUCGGCGAGCGAUACCCUCCAGGGUAUCGCGCUAAAAUACGGGGUCACGACAGAACAAAUACGGAGAGCAAACAGACUGUGGGCAUCAGACAGUUUAUUUCUACGUGAAUAUCUACUUAUUCCUGUACCUGGAGAUAUUAACGCUUCCUUAGGAAAUUAUUCUAUCCUGCCUUCAGGUGCUGAGAGUUCACAGGGUAUCGAAAGCAUAACUAGUCCUUCGUCGAUAACUUCUUCCAUAGAUGACGAAAGCUCCGUAGAUGAUUUCUUGGCAAAAAUGGAUUCAUCUAUAGCGAGUAUGAAGAAGGAAGUUAAACGCGCGCAAGGAAAUAGUGAGUUUUGCCAUGAGGGGGAUGACACGUUCACGCAGCGGCGAAGAGCCGUUGCUAGAUUACGCAACUCACACCCCAUUAGUUCAACCACAAACUCAUCAGCCGAACCCUCUGAGCUAUUGAGGACAUCUUCAUCCGGCGAUGUUCAUAAUUUGCCGUCCGCCGUUGUAAUGACUCAAGGAAGAAGAGUGAAGACGUCGUUGCAAAGACUGCAGCAACAGCAGGACGAGAUGUUUCAGUUGUAGCAAUUACGGUCGACUUGCGCUAUAUGUGUAAGGACUUAGGUUUUGGGUAAUGAGGUAGAUAUAUUGGCGAAAGCAGUGCUGGAUUAUAAAUAAUUUCGCACCACACUUAAUAGCUUAAUAUGAAAAUGAUGAUCACAUCGAGUAUCUUCACGUCACAUCACGGCAUGAAUGACAUUGAAGUACCAAACAUACAUUCAUACGUGUGUAUUUAUACAUACACCUAUAUGUAAUGUAUAUGUAUGUAUAUUUAUGUUUGCAGUGUAAUUUAUACACUUGACAAGAUAAUAAGCGUUAAUUUUUUUUUUGACAUUGGUGUCCAGCACUAGAACGCUUCAGACUAGCCGUUUCUUAUUGAAGAAUGUUUGAAUAGAGAUUACGUGAGGUAUAAUUGUUGCAAGCAACAGGGUAAGUGAAUUCCCUUUAUUUUUUUAAACCAAUUACGUUAGGUUAUUCAUUUUUGAGUGAACCGUCGCUCGCAGAGGUUUCAAUUUAUUUUCUAUUUAUUGUUUUUGUUUCGUUUUCUGUUUAUAAAUAUAAAUUUAAUAUCUUAUCACUGUUGAAAAUUUUGUUAAAAAAAUGUUAAUUUUAUUGAACUGAUCCCAAAUAUCAGUUAUGUACAUAGUCCGAUAUACGUUGGCAAGUAUAUUCUUACUUGCAACAAUUAUGCUCAAAUAACGUUGACUUAUUAAGAAUAAAAGAUAGAUGAAGUAUUAGUGUUGAACCUUCUGAUGCCUUACAUAUAUUGUAUCCAGUCUUGAACGAAUUGAAAGUUAAUUUAUCUUUAAUUAGCUUAUCAUACCGACUUACCGUGCUGUUUGGUGGUAAUCUACAUGAUAUUUGCAAAUUCUUGGCAACUUGUUCAUUUAUUAUUUGAAAAUAAAGAAAAUCAAAAAAAGAAUUAAAAAGAAGAAAGGAUCUAUUUAAUGAAUGAUAUUUUGCUUGUAUACUGUGAAUUUAUGCCGUGAAGAAAUUUCAAAAAUAAAUGUUAUAAUCCAUAUGGACACAUUGUAGAUUUCCAACUUCCAAGCUUCAGUAAUAAUAGAUUAUAAAAUAUCCAUACAUUAUAAAGAAUAUAUACAUUUGAUGCUUGGUAAAAUUGUUAAGCUGUAAAAAUUAUGCAGUUCACUAUUCAAUUUAACGAAUUAGUAAGUUAUUUUGAAGAAAAGGUAGCCACUGUUAUUUUCCGCCGAAUUUAUUUUACUUUCUGCAAGUUUUUAAAAUUAGCUUUCUUGUUUUACGCAGUAAUUUGCAAGAAGAAUUCAUUUAAGUAUCAGCAGAAAUGAAAUAGAAACUUAAUUCUGUUGAAACCGAAUUGAAUAUAAAUAAUAUUUACUCGAAUGUUAUAAUUACUCAGUAACAAAUACCUUUUUAUUUUUACUUUCCUCGCGUAUGAAAUAUAAAUAUACAAUAUAUUAUUUUAUGUAAGUGCAAAAUAUCUGUAAUCUUUGUAUAACAAACUAGGUGAGAACUUCAAAAUUUCGCAAAAAAAUUAUUCCUUCAUCUCAGUAUGUGUUUCCAAUAUAAACUUUAGUUUACUACGGUUUUUUUUUUUUUAGAAAAUGAAAACUGAGAAGCCCUUGCAUAAUAAUGUAUGGACAUAGAUCAUUUUUGUAAUUUAAAUUUCUAUGUUUGCACAAAAAUAAACUGUUAUAUUAUUAUACAUAAUGAUAUACAAAGGUGUAUAUAGGUAAGUCUAUAUUCAUAGAAAAGAAAAUAAUAUUGUAAAGAAUCAUAAAAACUUGUACAUGAACUAUAAAUUACAUAGAAUAAUUUGUAAUUACUGUACAAUGUAUGUAUCUAUGUGUAUAAGUUCUGAUUCAACUGGUUCUGUUUUGUUUGCUGGGCAAAGUAACAUUUACCUUGUGAAUAAUAAGCAUAAACAAUUACUGUAAAAAAUAUUAAUUAUAAUUAUGGAAAAGUUUUAUAGUCAGAAUUAUAAUUAUGUUACAGAACAAUUAUUGGUUUUCAAAAUCUUGUUCUUCGCCCGAUCUCCAGGAGAUUGCUUUCUGUUUAUUAUCAGACUUUAUAAAACUUAACAACCAGACUACUUGAAUAACUGAGCAUGAUCUUUUGAAAUUGACAUUACGAGCUGUAUGAUUCAUUAGGAUUAUAGCUGUGAAAAUAGGUACAAUAUUUACACCUGUAUGUAGGACAAUUUCCUUAGAAAGGAGCAUGCUAACGGCUUGCCAAGUUUCAUAAUUGAGGUGUAUCGACUGCAUACCAAGCAAUUUUUACAUAGCAUUUUGCACUUACAUUCUAAUUGUCAUAUGCCAAGGAUGCACGGUACACUUUUCAAUUAUGGUUCAUUAGGACUUAUCAGUGAGUUCGUCACUCUGGUUACAUUCGUUAUAAUAAAAAAUUUCCAUUCUGCUUUAAUCUAUCGCAUAAAGUGUAAAAAAAAACAAAAGAAAAAAAAACCUUGUUACUUGGUGCAAUCUUAGAUAUAGUCUAUAAACAUCGUCAUAAUAUUAUGCUAUAGUAUGGUAUUACUGUCAUCCAAAUAAAUAUGUAAACUAUAUUACUAUAUAUGACCUAAUUUGUUGGACGAUACAAGUUUAUAUUAAAUAAAAUAGCAAUACAUGCAAUUAGCUCGACAUAGAUUCCUUCUGCACUGACCAAAAAAGAAAGCAGAGAACGCAUGUAAGCGUGAAAUAAUUGCCAAAUUUUUAUAAUUUGUCGCGUUCCCAAGUCUUACAAUUUAGUACCUGAAAUGCAACACAGCAGAUAUUCAUACAAUCGGUUUGGUCUGUAACACUGUGUACUUUAGUUGUCGCUAUUAUUUUAGUAAAAUUUGUUAUAAUUAAUACAGAUAAUCAAUAAAACAAAGAUUAUGAUAUACUAUUUAUCAUGUUA